ACGACUUCUUGACCUCUUUGUCCCCGGCUCGUCCCGGAUUCAACAAAAGCCAUCCUCUCUCCCUCUCUCUCGCUCUCGAGAUCUUGAUAAUCCUUACCGUCGCUGAAAAUGGCGAAGAUCGACGAGAAGAACUGCCCUAGUCUCGAGGAAUCGAGCCCUCUCUUGGAGAAGGAGGUCGCGGACGAUCCGAAGAAGCCCAGCCAGGUGACCAACGCCGCCGCCGCGCCACCUCCAGCUGCGAACGGUCCGGUUCUGGUCCCCGUCAGCGGCGGAUUCCGCUGGACCGCUGAUGGCUUGCCGCUGGCUCACGGCAGCGUGAUGGGCGAGCCGAUGGAGCGGAAGCAGUGGAACUCGUGCCUCUUCGCUUGCCUCGGCCGCAACGACGAGUUCUGCAGCAGCGAUCUCGAAGUUUGUCUUCUUGGAAGCGUUGCUCCUUGUGUGCUUUAUGGAACUAAUGUUGAGAGACUUGGAAGCACUACUGGGACUUUUGCGACUCACUGCUUGCCUUAUGCUGGCCUUUAUCUGAUUGGAAAAGCCUUCUGUCGUCUCAACUGCAUUGCACCCAUGUUUUCAUUUCAUAGCCGCACUGCUAUUCGUCGCAAGUUUAAUCUAGAGGGUAGCUGUGAGGCACUUCACAGGUCAUGUGGAUGCUGUGGAAGUUGUGUGGAGGACGAGGUGCAGCGAGAGCGGUGUGAAUCGGGGUGCGAUAUGCUAACUCAUGUCUUAUGCCACCCCUGCGCUCUUUGCCAGGAGGGACGUGAGCUCCGUCGUAGGCUUCCUCAUCCCGGAUUCAAUGCACAUCCAGUCUUGGUGAUGAUUCCCCCAGGCGAGCAGUCUAUGGCUCGUGGAGCUUAAGUGUUCUACAUCUAUGUGAAAACCAGCCUGUCUAUGCGCAAACUGUACGUGUGGUUUCUUCAGUUGUGGACUUAUCCGACCUCCUAUUGUACUAAAGAAAUGGUGAUGAAAUGUAAUGCUUGGUCUUAACCAGCUAUAAAUAAAUGCUCUGUAUAUCAUGUAUUGCAUUUAUAUGGUAAUACCUCUCUGUUACACAGUUGAGGUUAUUCACUUUAUCGUA